UUAAAUACAAGUCCAGUUUGUACACAAAUCGAGUUCAAAAUUUCAAAUUCAAGAGCCAACACAAUUCCUCUUAUAAAUUAGAUCAAAUUCUAGUUGGUUUCACUUUAGACAACUCACUUUGCACAUCACCAAAACACCAAUUCAUCCAUAUCACCCAACAAAGCCACAAAAAUAGAAAGUCCAUCCCACACAAUCAGCCCAUCCAACAACAACAACAACAACAUUUCCUUCUUCCCAUUUUCCACCCUUCUUCUCUUCUUUCUCUCAACUUCUCCACCUUUCUCUCUCCUCAAAAAUGUCAACCAAACCCUUACCCACCUCCACCACCCCAAACUACGGCACAAUCCCCACCACAACAACCACCACCACCUCCACCCCCACCACCUCCAUCGACUCCUUCAUCACCCGCGCCACCCACCACACCCAAACCCUAAUCUCCCACCGCCGUCCAUGGCGCGAACUCCUCUCUCUCUCCUCCCUCUCCCUCCCCACCUCCUACUCCUCCGCCAUGUCCCGCCUCCGCCGCAACCUCAACUACUUCCGCUUCAAUUACUCCCUCAUCAUCCUCUCCAUCCUCUUCCUCAGCCUUCUCUGGCACCCCAUCUCCAUGAUCGUCUUCCUAGCUGUUUUCGUUCUCUGGGUUUUCCUCUAUCUCUCAAGAGAUGACCCAAUCGUUGUUUUUCAUCGUUCGAUUGAUGAUCGAUUUGUUCUUCUGGGUCUCACCAUUGUUACGAUUCUCGCAUUGGUUUUUACGAAUGUUGGAUUGAAUGUGUUGGUUUCGCUUGUGAUUGGGUUUUUUGUUGUUGGAUUACAUGCUGCGUUUCGAAGUGUUGAUGAUUUGUUUCUGGAUGAAGAUGAUGUUGCUGAUGGUAAUGGGUUAACUGGGUUUGUUCCUGGUUUUGAAGGUCAGCCUUUGAGACCUACUUACGCCAGAGUUUGAUUUUUUAUUUUUUUUAUUUUUUUGGGGAAUUGUAAAUUUGAUACGUGUAUAAGGAUGUUAACGAGUCGAGACGACUUGAACUUGAGCUUGGAUGGCUCAGGUCGGGUCAGGUUUUAACACUUUUAUUCGGACUCGACCUGAGUCUGAAUGGGUUCGAAUUGUUUUGCUUUGUGUUUGGGUUAGUUUUUUUUUUUAAUUGUAGUGUGAUGGUUGAAAAUGGCAAGUUUUUCUUAUGAAGUUGUACAUUGGAAAUUUGUCAGCAAUUAUAUGGUUUAAAAAAAAAAAAAGAAAAAAAAAGAACGGGUUCAACUUUAGCUAUGUUGUUGACUUUGCAUUGUUAUGUGUUGUUGUUGAUUGCAUAAAAAAAUAUGUUAGAUGUUGAAGUACGGCAAUUAAUUUAAUUGCGAUUAAAGCAUCACUAAUCUGUGAUAGGUUGAUAUCUUAUCCAAAUACUCCACGUAAUUUGUGUUGG